UAUCUGCAAUUCUCCCUAGAAAACUUCAUCUCUCUUCUGCCCAACUUUCAAAAAUAAAUAAUCGAAAUUGAAAAAAAAAAAAAAUAGAAGAAAAGAUCAGAGUGAAAAUGGCAAGUGAAUUUGAACGUUCACGAAACAAUAAUUUCUACGACACCGAUGGCGAAGAGGAGGAAGACGACGAUGAAGAAGAAGAAGAAAGCGAAGACGGCGGCGGCGAGGAGCAAGGGGCGGAGAAAAAUUUAUUCAACUGCCGGAGCAUUUACGGCGGCGGUUGCGGCGGUCGGCGGCGCGGAGGAUCCGUUUUCGGCAAGGUAUUGGACCCUAAAGCCGCAUGGGUUCAGGAAUGGAACCGGGUUUUCCUCCUAGUGUGCGCCACCGGUCUAUUCGUGGACCCGCUCUUCUUCUACACUCUCUCUAUAAGCGACAACUGCAUGUGCCUGUUCGUGGACGGCUGGUUCGCCACCACCGUCACGGUUCUCCGGUGCAUGACCGACGCCUUAUACCUCUGGAACAUGUGGCUGCAGUUCAAGAUUAACCGCCGCCCGCAUAUUACGGGUGCCAGGACUAGACUUCAUAACAACCGUAUGGGUAUGGGUGCCGCCUUACGACUCUGGAAGGCUAAGAAGGGCUUCCUAUUUGAUCUUUUUGUUAUCCUUCCAAUGCCUCAGAUAGUGCUGUGGGUGGCAAUCCCAGCAUUGCUGAAGAGAGGGUUGACGACAGAAGUGAUGACAGUUUUGUUAAUAAUGUUUCUGCUCCAAUACCUGCCGAAGAUCUACCACUCCGUCCGCAUUCUGCGGCGGAUGCAGAGUCUCUCCGGCUACAUCUUCGGCACCGUCUGGUGGGGGAUCGCUCUCAACAUGAUCGCAUAUUUUGUUGCCUCCCACGCAGUAGGGGCAUGUUGGUAUUUGCUGGGUAUCCAACGAGCUGCUAGAUGCUUUAAAGAACAAUGUGGGAUGAAAAAUGGGUGUGGUCUUCGGAUGCUGGCUUGUGAAGACCCAAUAUACUAUGGAACCACAACUGUUGUGAAGGACAGGUCACGUUUGAUGUGGGGUGAAAAUGCGCACGCAAGAACAACUUGUCUCACCGAAGAUAAUUUUACUUAUGGUGCAUAUAGAUGGACUGUCCAACUUGUUAUAAACGAAAAUCGUCUCGAAAAGAUACUUUUUCCUAUCUUCUGGGGACUCAUGACUCUCAGUACUUUCGGUAAUUUGGAGAGCACAACAGAUUGGCUAGAGGUAGUUUUCAUAAUCAUUGUGCUUACCAGUGGGCUCCUUCUUGUCACCAUGUUGAUUGGAAACAUCAAGGUGUUUUUGCAUGCAACGACGUCAAAGAAACAGGCAAUGCAGUUGAAGAUGAGGAACAUAGAGUGGUGGAUGAGGAGGCGGCGGUUGCCGACGGAAUUCCGGCAGAGAGUGAGAAAUUACGAGCGGCAGCGCUGGGCGGCAAUGCGCGGCGUUGAUGAAUGUGAAAUGAUCCGAAACCUCCCUGAAGGUCUUAGGAGAGACAUCAAAUAUCAUCUGUGUUUGGACUUGGUUAGACAGGUUCCUUUAUUUCAACAUAUGGAUAAUUUGGUCCUGGAAAACAUAUGUGACAGGGUGAAAUCCCUUAUAUUUACAAAGGGAGAAACGAUAACAAGAGAAGGUGAUCCAGUGCAGAGAAUGUUAUUUAUAGUAAGAGGUCAUCUCCAAAGCAGCCAAGUACUACGAGAAGGCGUAAAAAGUUGCUGCAUGUUAGGCCCCGGAAACUUCAGCGGCGACGAGCUCCUCUCAUGGUGUCUCCGCCGCCCCUUCGUGGAGCGGCUACCGCCGUCCUCCUCCACGCUAGUCACCCUGGAAGCCACGGAGGCGUUCGGGCUGGAAGCCCAAGACGUGAAGUACGUAACGCAGCAUUUCCGGUACACAUUUGUGAACGAGAAAGUGAAGAGAAGCGCAAGGUAUUACUCUCCCGGGUGGAGAACAUGGGCGGCGGUGGCGAUUCAGCUGGCCUGGAGGAGAUACCGGCAUCGGUUAACGCUGACCUCGCUCUCGUUCAUAAGGCCGAGGAGACCGCUGUCUAGAUGUUCUUCUCUCGGAGAAGACAGGCUCAGGCUUUAUACAGCGUUGUUGACAUCCCCGAAACCUAAUCAGGAUGAUUUUGACUUCUAAUCUAAGGACUAAGAUCGAUCGAAUUGCUUAGUUGAACACAUUGCAUUGCAUGUAAUAUGAUGUUAUGUUUUUGUAAGGAAUAUAAUAGUUGUCUCGUAUCCAUCUUCAUUCUUCUUUUAUAUGCAUCGAUCAUUUUUUUUUUC